AUGGUCGUGCUUCAAAAAUCGGAUAAUCAACUUUACGCAGACAUUGUUCGAUGUUUGAAACAAAAUUUUCGAUCUGAGUUUCAACCGCCUUUCGUCGCGCCGCAUGGCGAGCGAAAAGUCCGAAUUCGAACGGGUUGUCGUUACAAAUCACAAUUACCGGAAGACCAUUGGCGAGAAAAGUACAAUCGUAAUGUAAAACAGAGUGUUCGAGGUUUAUAUACGCCGGCACAUGUUCCGUAUGCUUCAGUUGGAGAUGUUUGUUUGGAUGUAAAAGACCUCGUAGUGAAAACAGUUGACGGUGAACGGAGCCAGGAGAAGGUAGGUUAAAAGCUUCAAAACACGAUUGUUUCACUCAUAUAUUGACAUUUAUUCUCAUUCUAAAAACUGAAAAGACAUUCUCAUUUAAACCAAUUCACUACUUUAUUCUCUAGAAUCAGCUAGGGUACAUAUAAGCAUUUAAUAUACCACAACAAUACGCCAGGAGAAAUGCAGCAGUGUCCCUGAUUUGAAAACCAAAUCUAACUUUGUUUACAGAACCAUGGAUAUCCAUGUCAGAACAUGCGCAUGCACUGCAUGACAUCCCUCUUCGUCAUGUCUUAAUAUCAGCAUGUCGUACAGCUUUUUUUAAAUAGAGGAGUUAGAAAAAUUCCUUCUUUUGAAAAAUAUUUCCUGUCACCCUGAGUGCAAGUAGUUACUCUGAGUUAUCUCACCCGGUAAAAUUCACCUUGACAACGCAUGGAAGGUUGCUACUUGUUUCAGCUCAUCAUACCAUUAUUUGUAAAGAUUACGAUGUUAUCAAAAGAUAUUAUUAUUCAUCAUUCUUAUGAUUUUAUGGUAUCAUUUUGCAUGGUUCAAAUGAUAAUGAAGCAUAGCUAACCCUUCAUUCAAUCUAAACAAUAAGAAUGCACCACAACUUCCAAAAAAAAAAAAAAGAGAUAAACUUAUUUGUUAUUGUUAUUGUUUCAGUGCAAAAAUUCUAGUCUUGCUGCUGAUCUUUGUGAACAAGAGAAAAAGAAGGACGAAGAUCGUGUGGAAACAAGUCAAAAGGUAGGGCGAGAAACCCACAUUCUGUUAUAAGUAAUGGAAAAUUAUUGUUUUCACAUCGCAACAGGACGGCAGGAAGAAGAGGAGCGUAAUUUUUUUCCAGUCUUUUACAAAAAAAAGAUCCAUUUAAAGGAAGGUGAAGUUUAGAGGAAGGUUUUUUCAAACAAAAUUAUUGUCGCACUUGUCACACAUUAAGGUUUGCCGUCUUCUUCCCUCUUCCGUCCGGGUGUCUGUAAAACGCGGACCGGAUACCUGCGGAUGACGGAUGCGGACGGCGGACGCGGAUGGAAAAAUGCGGAUAGAAAAAUGCGGAUAGAAAAAUGCGGAUAGAAAAAAUUGCAGACAAUAGUAUAAUAAUAAUAUUUUGGAUACAUAAAUUUUACUAAAGCAUGUGUUUUCGUUUAUGGUUCUGUUAUAUUUAAAUCCCGAUUAUAAAUAAUAGUUUGAUAUCCAUCAUCACAGAGAAAACACUUAUUUAAAGUUCGCCUAUUUCGCGCUCGCCUUGUAAAUCGCCCUGUUUCCCCACAAAGGAGCCUGGUAUUGAAAAGGCUCUUCAUGUAACGCUGGCACACUCGAUCUGCCUGGACUCCGGUCAACUCUCCAUAAGACAGUUCAGAGCGUGACUCUGAACUGGCCGUUUUUGAGAUCAAAAGGUAAGUUACUGUUACACUAAUGGUUUUCUUUUACAUUUUCGGGUCUUUUCUAAUUUCCUGCGCAAACUGGGUCCUUUUAAAUCUGCGGUUUGUUCUUGACGACUUUAAAGGAGAGAGGCUGCCACAUGCUCAACGCAAGAGAUGAGACGUAAAAGAUAUGUUUCUUGACUUGAUAUCUACAAAUCCUUAUUUUUCUUCUGGUUUUGGGUGAAUAGGUCUUGUUUAAUGAGGGUUUUUCCACAGAGAAUCUUUUUCAAGCCAUAUGCCGCACCCUCAACAGAGGCAUUUGUCUAGCCUUCGUUUUUUUUUUCACAAUUUUACGCAAAGGUUCUAUCAAUGAAACCGCCACCUGGUGACUGGUUAGCUCAGUUGGCAUAGCGCCGGUCUGCUGGGUGGGAGGGGGCGGGUUUGAACCCUGGCUGGACGAAUACUCAGGGUCUUUAAAUAACUGAGAAGAAAGUGCGGCCUUUGUAAUGACAUCUGCAAACGGUUACACUUUCUAGUCUUGUCGGAUAAAGAGGAAAACCCGUAGGUCCCUCUCACAGCACUUUCAACCUUUCCUGGGCCGGGUGGGUCAUCUGGAAGGAGAGAUCUCAAUAUAGCGAUAACCUCAUGAUCCUCCUUCAGGUGUCGUAAUGGCUACCUUUAAACAGUGUAUGAAUUUAUGUGACAAACAAAAAGGGGUGAUCUGGUGUAGACAUUGUUUAAAUCUUUAUAAAGGCUUGUUACUCAGUAAGAAGCAGUUUUAUGUUCGGUUGCUGCGUCCCGGAUAGACGAGAGCUGUCCAAAGAAACGGAAUAUCAUACAUUUUCGAUUCCGAAUUCUGUCUGUCACGUUUCUAAUGACGAGUUUUAGGUUGCUCGAUACAGACGUUCUAAAACAUCGCUAAAGAUAUGUUUUGGAAACUAUUUUGUUUGGAUGAAAAUUAAAAACAAAAACAAAUGAAACAAAAAGUAGCGUUCAUUAAUGUGUUUCACUAAGGACACUUUUUUGUGGGAGUUUGAUUUUUAGGUUGCUUUAAGAUUAGGCGUUUUUUUCUUGCACUUUUCGGGAAAUAACUUUUGCAAUUAAUCACGUUUGAUCAAGUCUGUUUUUUCUUUUCAAUCGGCAGUAUAUUUUGCGGUUUUAAAAUUCGAAUUUAUAAUUCGUGCACUUACAAAUUCCCAAAAGGUAUAACUUGUAAAAAAUAAAUUCACACGAUAGGCGGAGUUGAUGGACAUCUGCCAAAUCGGAAAGUUACAUACCUACGUUCCGCCUUUUUCUUAGUUUUGACGCUGCGUUUUUUUGUCUCGAGGCGCUCAAACAAACAAUUCUCGAUUUGAUUGCCCAGAGAAUAUUUUCUCUUCUGUUAGUUGAGUACGCUAUAUCCAGGCUAUGUGAUCAAAGGAGAAGUGCACCAUAGCAUGCGUGGUUUUAAGGAGGGAGAACGAAGUGUCCUUGUUUCUGUGACAUUAAUGAAAGGAAUUACAGGUUUCAAAGAAUUGAGAAAAAACCCUGAGUAACCUGUGCCAACUACUGACAAAGCGUACUGUACAUGAAGGUCUCAACUUCGCGACUUCGAGACUUGAAAGAAAUAUUUCUUUCCUUUGUUUGUUUGUUUAUUUAAUUAUUUUUGCCAUCCGCAGUCGUUUUAUUCUUUUCACUUUUUUGGCCUCUUUCCGCAUUUUUCCAUCCGCAUUUUCCUAUCCGCAUCCGCCAUCCGCAGGUAUCUGCGGUCCGCGUUUUACAGACACCCCUCCCGUCCUGUUGCGUACGUCAGUUCAUUCAGCGUACGCCUUCGGUAAGGUGAAAAUACAAUUCUUCUGCGGUUUAAGAGAACUUUUUGCUCUUUUUUUUUUUUUUUUUUUGUAGUAAACUCAAUAGUAGAUAAUAAAUGAUGAUGAUAUUAUCCACUUCGAAAAUGUAGAAGGGGCCAUUUAGGAAUACGACUAAGGUUUUAUUCAGUUUAAUAUGUUGUUGUUGUUGUUCAGUUGUUGUUUUUCAAUAUCAGAAACGGAUGAUUUUUUGUCAUGACUUAUUUGAAACACUGAACUGUGUGCAUGCAAGAAAUAUUUUCCUACCAAAAAUGAUCGCAUGUGAGCCGCAAGGAAUGUAGCGAGUUAUCGACACUGAAUUUUUCUAGUUUGUAUAGGUAAUAGCAUGAUUUGUAGUGAUAUUUGGCAUUACAACCAUGAGUGAUGUUUCAAAAUUGUUAUACGUAAUUUCACGAGCCGUUAGGCGAGUGAAAUUUGAGACAAUUUUGAUAUAUCACAAGUGAUAUUUAUGCCAAAUAUCACCUACAAAUCAAGCUAUUAUUUGUUUAUACUACUACCCGCAAAAGGUUUGCAAUUUUCACAUGUAGGUAUUUCAAAUUAAGCUGAAAUACCACUGCUCUAAGCCAAUCAAAUUGCAGUUACUUCUCAUGUAGUUAGUAUAACUGUCAUAAAAUGUAAUCGUCAGUAUUGUAGUUAUAAAACUUAAUAGUCACAGAUUUAAACAUUACUGUAAAUUAUGUAUACUUUUAAAAGUUAAAUACACAUCUCAUUCUUAAUGAAAUUGUCAUUAACAACUGCAUUAGGCUUAUGCUGGCCAAAUAGAGCUGAAUAUUGUUUAGCGUAAAAGUGGGAGUGGAUCAAGGUUAUGGGGUUUGAUGAUGUCCUCAAAAGGCGACGUGUACAGCAGAUAAAGCAUCGGGCCGAGGACAGACCCCUGUGGAAUUCCAAAGCGUAGAUAAUGAUAAUCAUAACAGGGCAUCUGAGAUCUUAAGCCAAGACGUUUUUGUGCAAUGCACUUACAUUGUUCUUCAGAGGUUUUGCCUAAAUAUUCGGGCAGAGUGUCUUUAUUACCAUGUUGUAAGAGAACAUAGAGGGGUACUAAACUGCUGUGUUUUAGUUGCGAUUGAAAGUCAGUUUUGGGUUCUGAUCAUGAUUACUGCGCUUUUCACAAACACCCCAACACUGAAGUUUAACAGCUGUCUUCACAAUUGCGCUUUUGGCUGCCGUCAACAUAAUUACGAUCACAAGCAAAGAAGCUACGCAGAGAGACACAAAGAGGAUCGAAAUCCACCAAUCACAAAUCACAAACUUCUGUUUCCUUAGAGUUCCGUUAAGAUGAUUGACGGCAGUGAAGUACGCAAACGUCAGUUGGCUUUUGAACUUCAGAAUUUACGUUUUCUUCAAAAGUGCCAAGGGGGAGUUUGGAAAAACCCAAGGUUGAAGAAAUUGGAAUUUUGCUUAAAGCAUGUUUCGGUUCUUUCUUUAAUAGUCAAGUAAACUUUAUACAAUUGGUUUAGCUCAUAGGUCAAUAAUAAAAAGCACAUUUCCUUUUUUUUAUAUUUAGAAUACCGUAAAAUUCCAAAAAUAGGCCCCUCCAUGUAUAAGCCCCCCAAACUCGUAACGCAAAAAACCCUCCGUUAAAAGGCCCCUCCAAAUACAAGCCCCCCGGGGACUUGUACUUAGAAAUUGCCUUCAAAUACAAAGUAAAACAAAGCAAAACGGUACAUUUCCUUCCAACUAUAAAGCUAGCCCAAUCGACUUUGAAACGCAAAUUUCCCUCCAUACAAAAGCCCCUCCGAAUAUAAGCCCCUCCAAAAAUAAGCCUCUCAAAAAGGGCCUUUGAAAAGUAUAAGCCCCGGGACUUAUUUUCUGAAUUUUACGGUAACCUUUUUGUUCUGAAUUAUUGGUUUACACUUUUGUAGAAACAGAAAUUACAAGGAUCAAAGAACAGGGCGUGUUUCUCGUUUCAAGACCAAGGUGGAUUGAGUGGGAUCAAAGAAAAGCUUUUUCAAUACCGGGGAAGAUUAUCGGCUUUGCGAGCGUGUCAAACGUUUCAAGAAUGUCUUAAAAAGGAGGAUUUCAUGCUCAUG